AUGCAAAGUGUGUGUAUGUAUUUCCCAGUAAGGGGCCUUCAUCCGUAUCAGACAGAGGAGAACAGGGUGAGGCUGUCGGUGCUGUUUGCACAAGUGCCGAGUGUUUCUGCCUGCGUUGCUCGGUGGCUGCUGUGUGUGUUGUGUGUACGCGUGCCUGUGUGUGCUGGCAGCGCGGGCUCAGCGCAGCUACCGGCCGGACCCGGGUGCGUGGAGCUGCGGCAGCCCUGCCUCUGGCAAGCUGCUGCGUUUGGCAGCUUCCUGACGUUCAGUUACCCUCUACCGCCAGAAUGGACUCCGGAGCUCGGACUUAGACGCCGAGGCCUCCUAAACAGCGCCUGGGGAGAGUAUGAUGUCUCAGACUGGGAUCGGAGACGGUCAGUACAUAAGUCUGCUCUGAGCAUGCCUCCUGGUUUGGUUACCUAUGAGCAGGUGGCGUUCUGGUUAGCAUCUAGGUGGUGGCAGUGCUCCAGACAGCGUUUGACAGAAGCAGAAAAACAUUCGUUGUUCAAGCGGGGCGGCGUCCUUCCUCCGGCCGCCGCUGCUGCCCCGUCCUGGCCCUCGCGAAAGCCCCCGGCCGAGCCCCGCGGGAGGAGAAGGAGCUUGUUUUUAGGGCGAGGGGCCGGCGGCGUGCCCUCGCCCCGGGAACGGGUAAAUCUUCAAGGCUGCGGUUUGAGAUGGGGAAGGAAGGAAAAACCUGUCGUCUGGGUUACGGUCGGAAGUGCUAGGGCAGUCCGUGUGUUUCAGCACCGCGCUGGUGAGCGAGGAGAGCCUGCUCGGGCCGAGGGGAGCUGGAAAGGACGUUGCAAGUCCGUGAGCCCUGGGCGAGGUUUGGAGGGCUUCAGGAAAAACGUUGUUUUAGAGACCGGGAAGUUCGGGGUUACGGUUACCGCUGCCAGAUGCCCAGAGAAAAGGGAGUUCUAUAAGCUUCAGAUGAUAACAGAUAUAAGCUCUGAAUUUAUUGAGGAAAUCUUGCCUAAAAUACCUCUUGUUGAUUCAGUGAAAAUCCAUUUAGUUGGGCCCUUCCAUUCAGAAGGGAUAGUUAAGUGCUUCAAAUGUUUUAAACGUAUUUCCCCCUCCCCCCACUCUUCCAUAGGCUCAUCUUGUUGUUACCAUGCAAAGGACAACUUAAUGUGUCGUGAUGUUUGUGAACAGAUUUUGUCUUCUAAGAGUGAUUCCCGUUUGAAGCACUUGCUGCAACGAGCACCCGAGUAUUGUCCAGAAUCAAUGGGAGAAGUUUGGGGUUGUAUCAAUUCUUCUUUGCCAGGAGUUUUGAAGAAAUCUGAUGGUUGGGUUGGUUUAGGUUGCUGUGAGCUAGCUAUUGCUGUGGAAUGUCGGCAAGCAUGUAAACAGGCUUCUUCAAAGAAUGACGUUUUAAAAGUUUGCAGAAAAGAAUAUGAGAAUGCUCUCUUUAGUUGUAUUAACAGAAAUGAAAUGGGAUCGGUUUGUUGCAGUUACGCAGGUCAUCAUACAAACUGUCGGGAAUAUUGUCAAGCAAUUUUUCGAACAGACUCUUCUCCUGGUCCUUCACAAAUUAAAGCAGUUGAAAACUACUGUGCAUCUAUUAGCCCUCAGCUAAUACACUGUGUGAACAACUAUACACAGUCAUAUCCGAUGAGAAACCCUACAGAUAGUUUGUAUUGCUGUGAUAGAGCAGAGGACUACGCAUGUCAGACUGCUUGUAAAAGAAUUCUAAUGUCAAUGAAAACAGAGCUUGAAAUUGUUGACGGGCUCAUAGAAGGCUGUAAAACGAUGCCUCUUCCUCAGGAUCCACUUUGGCAAUGUUUUCUUGAGAGUUCAAGAUCUGUUCACCCAGGAGUCACUGUGCACCCUCCACCUUCAACAGGCCUUGAUGGGGCUAAGCUCCAUUGCUGUUCUAAAGCAAAUUCUUCCACGUGUAGAGAGCUCUGCACUAAGCUUUAUAGCACGAGCUGGGGCAAUUCACAGAGUUGGCAAGAAUUUGAUCGCUUUUGUGAGUAUAACGCAGUUGAAGUUUCCAUGUUGACCUGUUUAGCAGAUGUACGAGAACCUUGUCAGCUGGGCUGUAGAAAUCUUACUUACUGCACUAAUUUUAAUAACAGACCAACUGAGCUUUUCAGGAGCUGUAAUACUCAAUCAGACCAGGGAGCUAUGAAUGACAUGAAACUGUGGGAAAAAGGGAGUAUUAAGAUGCCGUUUAUAAAUAUUCCUGUUCUUGAUAUUAAAAAAUGUCAACCAGAAAUGUGGAAGGCAAUUGCCUGUUCAUUGCAGAUUAAACCUUGCCACAGCAAAUCUAGAGGAAGUAUUAUCUGCAAAUCAGAUUGUGUAGAAAUACUCAAGAAAUGUGGAGAUCAUAAUAAAUUUCCUGAAGGCCACACAGCUGAAAGUAUUUGUGAGCUCUUAUCUCCAACAGAUGAUUUGGAGAACUGCAUCCCUUUGGAUACAUACCUGAGCCCAAGUUCUUUAGGUAGCAUUGUAGAAGAUGUUACACAUCCAUGUAAUCCAAAUCCAUGUGCAGCUAACCAGUUAUGUGAAGUCAAUAGAAAAGGAUGUCAGUCUGGAGAACUGUGUCUUCCAUAUUUGUGUGUUCCAGGUUGCAAAUUGGGGGAAGCCUCAGAUUUUAUUGUCCGUCAAGGUACGCUUAUUCAGGUUCCGUCAUCAGCUGGUGAUGUUGGUUGUUACAAGAUUUGUACCUGUGGACACAGUGGGUUGCUAGAAAACUGCAUGGAAAUGCAUUGUGUUGACCUCCAAAAGUCAUGCAUUGUUGGAGGACAAAGAAAAAGCCAUGGAACAUCCUUUAGUAUAGAUUGUAACGUCUGUUCUUGUUUUGCUGGGAACUUGAUAUGUUCUACACGGCAGUGCCUGAAUGAGCAUAGUUCAGAAGAUGAACGUCGGAAGUUUACAGGUUUGCCAUGUAACUGUGUAGAUCAAUUUGUGCCAGUGUGUGGACAGAAUGGGCGCACUUACCCAAGCGCCUGUAUAGCUCGAUGUGUUGGGCUCCAGGACAAUCAAUUUGAAUUUGGAUCGUGUAUCUCCAAGGACCCUUGUAACCCCAACCCUUGUAAUAAAAAUCAGAGGUGCAUACCAAAGAAACAAGUUUGCUUGACUAGUUUUGGAAAGUUUGAAUGUAGCCAGCAUGAAUGUGUGCCAAGGCAAUUAAGUUGUGACCAGACACGGGAUCCUGUUUGUGACACAGACAAUGUGGAAUACAGUAACUUGUGUACUUUGUACCAAAAAGGAAAAAAUUUAUCAUACCGAGGACCAUGCCAGCCAUUUUGCAAAUCAGUAGAACCUGUAUGUGGGCACAACGGGGAAACCUACAGCAGCGUGUGCGCUGCCUAUUCCGACCGCGUGGCUGUCGACUACUACGGACACUGUCAGGCCGUAGGCGUUCUCUCGGACUAUGGCUUUCAUACAGAGUGUGCUUUUGUUAAAUGUCCCCUGGUUUCUGCAACUGGCUGCAAACCGGUUAUUGCACCAGGUGCCUGCUGCCCACUGUGUGCUGGAAUGCUGAGGAUCUUAUAUGACAAAGACAAGCUGGAUACUUUUGCACGGGUAACAAAUAAAAAGCCAAUAACUGUACUUGACAUACUUGAAAAAAUCCGCCUGCAUGUUUCAGUGCCACAGUGUGAUGUGUUUGGAUACUUAAGUAUAGAAUCUGAAAUUGUGAUUCUCAUCAUUCCUGUGGAUCAGAACCCCAAACCAUUGCAGAUUGAGGCCUGCAAUAAAGAAGCGGAAAAGAUAGAGUCACUGAUAAAUUCGGACAGUCCAACACUAGCAUCUCACGUGCCACUGUCAGCUCUAAUCGCAUCUCAAGUACAAGUUUCAUUCAGCAUUUCUUCUCCUUCUCUUAAAGUGGAGCCUGUCCUGCACUUCCUGAUCAUAAGCCUUUUAUUCACCUUGUCAACAUUAAUAUAUUAUACAUAACUGCUUAGAAAAUGUGCAUAAGUAUUGCGUUUUUUAUAUUGUGAAGGACAUUCAGAAGUGUCAAUCUCUUCACUGAACCAGGAAACAGAAAUAUGUCAGAUUCCAGAAAAUCUGAUGUACUAAUAUCUUUCAGUGAAGGACUAAGAGUAUUUGGAAUAAUGCGAAAGACGAUUCUUUUAUUCAUCACUACUCAGAUGUUUGUUUAAGCACAAUUAAAUUGUUUUCCAUUGACCUUAUAACCGUAAAAAUAGUCUGGAAGAGUCUGGAAGACAUUAUGGAUUUAUGAUUUUUGCAAGGAAAGGAUGUUACAGGUUUUUUCAGCAAUGAACAAAUAGUGUAUUGAGUUUACUAAAAAAUGUUAAUUUUGUAUUAUUCAGAUGAAUAUCGAUGAAAAUGAAAAGCAUGCACCUAUUUUAAACAUCAUUUGUGGAAGAAACAAAUUGCUGCUACUUAAUUACUUUACCAAAAAUUUAAGAGUUUAUUCUCAUGUAAAUAUACUUUCAUAUUUUAUUAUGAAGAAAACUUAACAGCCUUGGGCCCAUUUCAGUAAACCACCCUUGGGUAAAUAUCUUUACUGGGACUAGUGAAGAUUUGCAGGACAUUGGGCUCAAUGGUUGUAAAAUGACAAUCAAGCUCUAUACCAGUACCUUACUUCAGUGAAGAAAUUCAUUCAUUUUUUAUAGUUUUGUACAUUUCAGAAUCUCUUAUUGGAUGCAAAAUUAUAAAGAAUCUCAGUAUAUUUAAGUGCCAUUUUAAAUAUUGCAGUAUUUGCAUGUUAUCUAAUGAAAUUUAUUCUUUAAAUAUGUUUAAAUGUUUAUAUGAACAGUAUGUUUUAUUACUUAUUGUAUUUUAUGCACCUGACCUUAGUCUACAUGAAGUAUUUUAUAUCAGUAUUAUGAUAGCCAACUUUUGAAGUAUAUACAGGAAAAACUUAUUUUUGCCAAAAUGCUGAACUAUGAAAGAAAGCACUGAAAACUUUUUGAACAUAUAUGUUACUGUAGCAUGUCUGUAGCAAUUAUUUUCUGCUAAUUCUUUUCAAU